UCUAGUAAUGAUUCUUUGGCUGAUGAUUUGGUAAGUGGAACAAAUGAUUCUGACAUUAAUAAUCUUGUUCGGAGACAACCUCAUCAUUCUUUAGGCAUUCAUGCAGGGUUUAGGGCGUGGGUUGAUAGACAGAGAAACAGCAUUCCGCCACCUAUUGACGAUACAUCUAGUAAGCAAUGUACCCUGGGUUUUGCAGUAAGACAAGUUAGUGGAAUCGGUCAAUUUGAACAUGGAUUUUUAACUCUGGGUAGUUGUAUGAGUGUAAGUGAACAAGUAGUCUAUUUAGGGGCUGUUUCAAGUUUAAGAUAUGCUCCUACUAAUGAUGAUGGAGUAAGUGAUGAUAUGAUAGUUAAUAAUGCGGGAGAAUUAGAGAUGGUAGCGGUGUCUAAUCAACCAUAUCCUCAAGCUGGACUAACUGCAAAUCAAGAACUUUUGGUUGUUCCGUUGAUUGUUCUUGGUCACGAAAUUCCUCUUGAAUUGCAAUGGUCUCCUAAGGACACUUUUCAAAAUUUAAUUAAGGUUC